GAUGGAUUCAUUAGAUGCCAGAAAACCUUUAUUAAUUGUUGAUGGCCCUUAUUUAGCAAAUUCGAAUGGAAAUGAGUUGAGUGAAGACGAACAAACUGUAAAUAGUACAUAUGAAAACACAGCUUUAGAAUGCGAUUCGAACAAUUUAUAUGUUAAAAAUUGUAAAAAUUCUAGUGACAAUAAUUCUCUUAUUUAUGCAAAUUAUGGAGAAAUUUCUCGUUUACAAGUUUUUUUAAACGUUCAAAAAUUAAAUUUAGCAUUUAAGGAAUUACAAGAAAUUGAUAGAAGGCCUUAUCCUCCAUUUCCGGAUGCUUCUUCUUCUCCUUUGCGAAUAAUUGCAAAUGGUUGGAGAGAAUAUCGAACUUUGGGUGGAAGGUCUUACUAUUACCACCCUUUGAAUAAAAUUUGUCAAUGGAAGCCUCCAAGAACAACUUUAAAAUUUUACCCGCAAGAAGAUAUGGAGCCAUUAUUUGCCACUAAUUUUGCUCAUCAAAAUCGUUACCCUUCUACUUCUGUUGAAUCUGCUGAUUUUGCUGAAAUUCCUUUACUUUCUAAUUUUAAAAAUCGAAUUGGUUCAUUCAAAACAAAUGAAAUGCACAAAUCUGUGUUUGUUGAAUCUAAUGAAAAUGUUGCCGUUAAUAAGCCAGGUGUAAUGUCACACAGUUUGGAUGAAGUUACGGGUCAAUCAAAAUUUCCUUCAGAUUUAAAAUCUUCAGAUAAUAUAACCGAAUGUUCUACCAAUUAUGACAAUACAAGCCAGUGCCAUAAAGAUACAGAACUUCGGCAUGGUUUUCUCGAAAGGUGUAAAUUGGCUGAGAAUGGAGUGAAAUUAAAAAGGAAAGAUUGGUCUAGUGCUUAUGCUUAUUUGUAUAUUGGACAUUUGUUGUUUUACAAAGAUCAAAAAUCUGCAGAGAAACAUGGAAAACAUUAUCCUGCUCCUUUGGAUGUUUGUGAUUUGAGAGAUGCAAUUGUCCAAUUUAUUACUGAUGACAAAAAACAAAGAGAUAAAAGAAGGAAGCACAUAAUUUCGCUUUUACUUCCAUCAAAAACAGAAUAUAAUUUUUGUAGUAAUGAAGAAGAAAUAAAUGAUUGGUUUUAUGCUUUACGUCAAGCAAUAAUUUCUGCGCCUGCUUUAAAAAUUUCUUCAAAUAAAAUUAUCUGUGAUUGGAAUGGAAGUCUUCAACGUUCAAUUCGCCACAAACGGGAUUCUGCAAGUAGUACUUUUGGAAUUGGAAAAUCAACACUUCAUAAUUCGAUAAAAUCACGUUUGAAGCCUUCUUCAACCAAAAGUAUUGCAAUUUCUGACGAUCAUUUUUCUUCUGUGGAUAAUAAUGCUGUAGAAGUUGUCCCUCCUGCAAAGGCAACAAUUAUUGAAAGGCUUUUGCGAUUUUUCCGUUCUCGGCCUUCAAUGGAAUCACUUAGGGAGAGAGGAAUUUAUAAACAACCAGUAUUUGGAAGUACUUUAAGUGAAAUUUGUUUUAGAGAAAAGUCGUUAGUCCCCAAAUUUAUAACUGAAGUAACUACUUUAAUUGAACAAAAAGGACUUGAUUGUGAUGGGUUUGUUUUUUAUUUAAGUUUUUUGGGAAUACUUUACUUUUAUUUAUUUUCUAUGGUUCUGGAAAUAAUGUUCUCUACAGUGCUGGAAAAAACUAUAGCCGCACAUUUGAAAACUUCAUCGCUUAUGAAGGAGUUACCCAAACGACAUCAAAUUUGGUUGAAAAAUGUAAAAAAUAGAUAG